AUGGCACCCGCUAAAAAGGCGGCGCAGCAGCCCAAGGCUCGCUCUUCUUCUUCCUCUCAGCCCACUCUCAAGAAGGUCAAGGGCGAAAACUUUUACCGCAAUGCGAAACAAGUCGCCAGGUUGAAGAUGCUCAACGGCGGCAAGGCCGUGAGGGACAAGGAUGGAAAAAUCAUACAGGCUGCUGCGUUUCAGAAGGGAGAGGACGAGACGAAGCCAGGCAGAGUGCAGCCCGACCGGCGGUGGUUUGGAAAUACUAGAGUGAUCUCACAAACUGCCCUGGAUCAUUUCCGCACAAGUCUUGCGGGGAAACAGCAUGACCCGUAUUCGGUUCUCCUCCGCAGAAAUAAGCUCCCUAUGGCCUUGCUUGAUGAUGCGGCCAAUCCUCAUCUCCAAAAGCGCUCGCAUAUAGUCGAGACUGAGCCUUUCAAGGAUACGUUUGGGCCUAAGGCACAGCGGAAAAAGCCACGCUUGGACGUUGGUACAUUUGAAGAGCUCAGUAAGCUGAGCGCAUCGGUGGCUGAAGAAGCCGACGCCGCGGCGGAUAACGUAGGUGGGACAUCAGAGCACCUUGCAUCGACCUCAGCAUCCGGAAACUUCCAGCCCACACACGCAGACAUCAUCGAGCCUAUAUAUGCGAAGGGCACGUCCCGGAGAAUUUACGGAGAGCUGUACAAAGUGAUUGACUCUUCGGAUGUCAUUCUACAUAUCCUCGAUGCCCGGGACCCGAUAGGCACGUUAUGCGAGUCUGUACUCGAGUUCGUUAAGAAAGAGAAGGCACAUAAGCAGGUCGUGCUCGUUAUCAACAAAUGCGAUCUUGUUCCCAAUUGGGUUACCGCGCGCUACAUACAACAGCUCACGCCGCGCUACCCUACGAUCGCAUUCCAUGCCUCGCCAAACCACUCAUUCGGCAAAGGCUCGUUGAUCCAACUCUUGCGGCAAUUUUCGCAACUCCACUCUGACAAGAAGCAGAUUUCCGUGGGAUUUGUGGGAUACCCCAACGUCGGCAAAAGCAGCGUUAUCAACACGCUUAAAAGCGGGAAAGUGUGCAAUGUGGCACCCGUACCCGGAGAGACGAAAGUCUGGCAAUACAUCACGCUCACGAAGCGCAUAUAUCUGAUAGACUGCCCUGGUAUCGUACCCACGUCCGCAAAAGACUCACACACGUCCACCGUCCUGAAGGGCGUCGUGCGCGUCGAGGCGCUCGCGACGCCUUCGGAACACAUCCCGGCGCUCCUCGCGCGCGUCAAGCCUGUGUACCUUGCGCGUACAUACGGGCUACCGCUGCCCGAGUCCACGAAGGUCACUGAACCUUCGGCAGCGGAGGGCGACAGCGAGGGCGGGGCUGAGAAGGUGCAGGGUUGGGAACCGGAAAAGUUCCUGGAAGGGCUAGCGCGGAUGAAGGGACGGCUAUUGAAGGGCGGAGAGCCGGAUCGUGAGGCAGUCGCGAAAAUCGUGCUGAGCGAUUGGGUGCGUGGCCGGAUUCCGUUCUUCGUGCCUCCGCCGGAGCGCUCGGAGGAGCUGAACGAGCGGGAGGCGAGGGCGCGACGGCUGGGCCUAGAUGCAAAAGGCAAAACGAAGGCGGCGGGUAAAGGGAGGACGGAGGAGGACGGCGAGGGGAGACCUGUGGUGGGCGUGAAGCAGAACUUGGGGUCGAUCAUGCAGAAGAACACAUUUGUGGGUGAGGAUGUGCGACCUCUUGAAGGUGAGGAGAAUGCAUCAGAAGUUGGUGAAGAGGACCAAGGAGGGCCUGAGGAAGAGGAUGCCGUAAGUGAGGGCGAAGAAGUAGGUCUCAGCUGGAACGAUGUCUUCCAAGACGACUCGAAAGAUGCGGCGAGGACUAUCACGGUAUUCAGCAGCACUGAUGAAGAGGAUGGAGGUGAUGAGGCCAUGGAUCAGGAGGAUGACGAAGGACAGAACGUGUCUCUAUCAGCGCAAGCUGAUGUAUCCGAUGGCGAAGCGGAGGCGAAGGAGCCACGCAUGAAGACCAACAAGCGCAAGGCGACGAAUUUCUACUCCGCCACCAAUGUCAAGAACAAGAAUCGCCAUAAGGCGGCACUCAUGAAGUCUUUACAAGGUGGCGAUAAAGAUGGUCGCAAACGCAGGCGAAGAGCAUAG